AUGAUAUCUUCUCGUCUCUCUGUCUCUCUCCUCGACGACUCCGCGAUGAAUCUCUCGGCGUCUCGCGGUGUCGAUCCCCUCGAGGAUCGUGGAACAAGCCAUCUCUCUCUCUCGACGGCUCACCUCUCUCAGGGCCCGAGCUCUCCUCUACGAAAUCAAAAGCAAGAUGGACUGAGCAAGAGACGAAGGUUCGUCAAACAAGACGACUACAACGAAGGGUCUGUGAUUCUCGUCUGCAAUACAGAUAGCGUGUCACAAUCUUCACCGCAAGUUCCCUUCACCGAUGAUUCAAACUUUUGUGAAGACAGUCAAGUAGGGCCGAAGGAAAGAAGGACUUGGACGCCUUCAGACGAUGUGGUGCUCAUCAGCUCAUGGUUAAACACGAGCAAAGAUCCCGUAGUAGGGAAUGAGCAAAGGUCUAAUGCUUUCUGGAAAAGAAUAGCUGAUUACUUCUCUGCUAGUCGAAAGCUUGCUGUAUACAAGUUUGCUGGAGCAUAUGAGGCUGCAUCGAGAGAGAGAACCAGUGGGCAAAAUGAGAAUGAUGUUCUCAAAGUAGCCCACGAAAUCUUCUUUGCUUACCAUAAAACAAAGUUUUCUCUUGAGCUUGCUUGGAAAGAGUUGCGUAAUAAUCAGAAGUGGUGUGCCUUGUCUACUGCAAAAAAAGAAGGAAGCUCCAAGAAGAGACGUUGUGAGGAUGGUUCAGACUCCACAAGCUACAAAGCAACCGAAGAAGAUUCUGCUCUUGAUGAUGAAGGAACACGUCGAACCCCAGGAGUUAAGGCCGCGAAGAAAGGCAGCAAUGAAAGGCUGUCUAAGAAGACAGUGGAUGACGGGAAGGAGCUGGCUCAGUUUGAGACAAUGUGGAGCCUCAAGAAGCAGGAUUUAGUGGUGAAAGAAAGGCUGUCCAAGAUGAAGUUACUGGACAGUCUCAUUGCUAAAAAAGACUCUCUUGCGGAUUAUGAAGAAGCUUUGAAGAAGAAACUCAUUCAUGAGUUAAUGUCAAAUUAG